CUCAAAAACCGUCAAGAUUCGCCAUGGACCAUUAGCUUCCAAUUCUACGUUGAUUUCGAAAAUUAAAGUUGGAUGUCGUCCGAUGAGGAGAAGAAGAUAUGGGGGGAGCUUGAGAGGGAUGUGGAGAGAGAUUUGGAGGAAGAAAUCAAGGAUGGGAUAUGCAAGCUUGCUCUAAGAUUGCACAGGCUUUAUCGUGACCAGAAAGAGAGAAAUAAUGACAAUAAUGGUGCAAACUCAGAUGAUAGCAAAACCCUUUCAGAAGUGAGCAUAAAUAUAAGAAUGGAAGGAGGGACCAAGAUUGAGAUCAAGGAAAUCAAGAAAGAAGCCCGCCGGAGCAGUAGCAGUACCCGCCGCGGCGGCGCACCUCCGCCGCCGCCGCCACGUGGCCAAAAGUUCGACUGGACCAAUACCCUCCGGUCUGGACCGAGUCAUAAUCCCACCGGUUACAACGCAACUGCAUCGAUACAGCGCAAAAAGAAGAAGAAUCUGGGAUUAAUUAACGCUCUUGAACUAGGAUGGAAACCUUAGUUAACUGUACUCUUUAAAUCUUGUUAACUCCGAAAACCCUUUUUUUUUUUUUUCUUUUUCAUUUUCUGCUUUUCCUAAUAUAUUACGGAGUAUUAUUUAUGUAUGACGCAUGAUGACUUCUAAGACUUGGGAACUUUUGCUGUUUGUUUGUGCUCAGCGUGGUUGAGAAUAAUGUGAUCGGAGAGAAGUGAUGAGGGAAUUGAAUGAGUGGUGUAAUAAUAAGUGGCAUGCAUGAGGUGAGCAUGACUUAUUCUUCCAUGUUACUUCACACAUUCUAUACCUGCAAUUGAUAGUUUUUGUAUCUGUAGUUAUCAU